GCGACUUUGUUUCAAUGUUUGUAUUGAGCAGAUGUUUGGUAGUUACGCACCAUGGCGAGCGUGACAGGUGUCGAAUAUUAAGGUUUACAAACAUUUUUAUCGCACGAAAAUGACUGAAGUAUCAGAAUCAUGCCUUCUAAAGGCCAUAAAGCAAUCGUUGGAGACGGACGGCCGUUUAGGUCGCUUCAAAGGAGAAAUCCGCGCCGCCGUCAUGUCAAUUUUGAACAAGAAUUCAAACAUUGCUCUUCCUGAAGUACCUGAAGAAACCAGACUUAUUAACGAGCUAAUUCGUGAAUAUUUGGUCUGGAAUGGAUACUUGUACACUGAACAAAUUUUAUCAGCAGAGUGUGGACAAACUAAUGAAAGAGUUACGAGGGAUGUUCUAACAACCAAACUAGGCGUUGUUGAUGAUGAGAAGACUGUGAGAAUUCCUUUGCUGUAUUAUAUUGUUGCUGCUUUUCAAAAUAUAAAUAACGCGGAUGAACAAUGUCAAACAUAAAUUGUAUUAUAUAUUGUAGAUAUUCAAUUGUUAAUAAAAUUGGUCACCCAUA